AUGAAGUGCCUUCAAGUAUUCGCAACAGUCCUCAUUCUGGUGUCUCUGGUGAAGUGCCAGGGUAACAGAUACAUAGAAAAACAGCUGCUUUGCGCUUUGGAUGAAGCGCCGUGCGAUGCAUGGGGACAACAAAUUAAAGCCGCCCUUCCUGAAAUUAUUGGCAGAGGAUGCCAGAAUUGCGACAGGGUUCAAUUGAACAACGUGAAAAGGAUCACCAGAUUCGUGCAGUCCAGAUAUCCGGAAAUAUGGGCUUCUCUGGUAGACAAGUACUCUAAUUACCAAUAGAAUCUAGAAGAUAACAUAAAGCAUGUGUUUAUUAAAAUGCACAUUCUAUAGGAU